AUGUCAUUGCAAAACUCCACAGCAAGCCCCUUCUACAAGCUUUCUCUUGACCAUCUUUUGAUGGUAUACGAAGGCCUUUCCACCCCAGACUUGUACCAUCUUGUCCAGACCAGUCGCAGCAAUAUGAAGGCUCUCCAAGCGCUGUACAAGGACAUUGAACUCUCAUCGCCUAGUUCUGCUGCGGCCCUCAAUCUGCUUCAAAGCAUGACCGACCCGGAGAAAACUUACCGUACGACAAAUUUGAGAAGCAUUCGGAUCGAAGGAGUCAGUCCCCAAGACAAGUCUCCGCUACCUACAGGUCGCAAUGGCAGUAGCAUUGUGGAUGAUAUAUUGGAGAAGUGUCUACCGGAAGGUCUGCUGACUGGAAUCACCAAGAAUGCGCAACCUAAGAUAGAUGAGGCAUACAGGAAAUGUCGUGCUAGUCUUCAUGCCUCAGAAAGGAUUGGUCCAUCCUCGCUCGCACUUGCAAUCAGCAUCGCGGAGAAGAUCAAGUCCAUUGAGUGGUUGAUGGUUGGCGCAAGCCUCGAAUGCACGCCAUUAGAACUCACCAGGCUCAUCAUAUCUGCGAAGGUCGCGUGUUGUCGCCCAGUCUUCCCCGAGCUUCUCAACUUGGUAUGGCGCGUCGAGAGUCAUAACACAUGUUUGCCAAUAGUACCGCUGGUCCCAAGCUUGCAGCGCUUAGUCCUUUAUGGCGUGGAUUAUCCAGAUGUCAGCUUUGAUCUUGCAGCUAUGGUCAAUGGCACCAAAAGUCAGCUUGUCGAGGUUGCAUUGCUGGGGAUGAACAUGGUGGCAGCGCUGGAGGGGCUGGUAUCCUUGGGCCAUUUGCACCGCCUCCGUAUCCUCCGAAUGCGCGAUUUUUCACGGGGUGACUUGCAAGACUAUGGAAGGCUCUUUAGGGGUCUUCGCCAGAGCUCUCCACAGCUCCAGGUAGUUGACCUCGAUUUCGACUACAUGGAUCUGCAAGACAGAACCCAACCGACUAUUCCGCAGUCGUUACAGCCCGAACUCGAGCAUUUUACGAGCAUAAAGUACGCCAGAAUUCAUAUCCAGUUACUAUGGUCGAGUCCAUUCAAUGUCGACUUGCCGAGAAUGUACAGUGCGCUUCCACCAAACCUCCAGUAUCUGAUGCUGGUGGGGUUAGAUCUGGACAGCAUUGUUCAGCUUGACGAAGACGGCGAUGAGGAGAUUGAAGAAGACGAAACGGACAAUCUCGACCCAUUCUCCUUACGCAGUUUGUGUGCUAUCUUGCCACACCUGAAGUACGUCGCAUUCAGGUUCGACUUCAAUGCGCACACUAUAGGUGAUAUCAGCGAAAAGCUGCAACUUGCCGAUCAGACGUUGAGAAGUUUGAUCGUAAGGGCCAAGGAACUGAGGAUGAGGAUGGGCAUCUAUGUAUGUUGUUUGGAAGAUGAUGACAUUGGCGAUAUCUUCUACAUGGGUAGUGAAGUCCCAACUAUGCUAGAGAAGCAGUGA